AUCUCAACUCACAUAUAAAGAAAUAGAUAUGACCUACCUGUUCAUUGAGUCGGUGACAGUGAACCACAGUGGAAUCUAUACAUGCCGGAGCAACAAGAACAAGGUCAAAUCCACCCAUGUCCAGGUCCUGGAGAAGGGCUUCAUUUCCAUCGACCAGCUGAAUGAGAGCAGUACCAUCUCAGCCCAGGAGAAGCCAGGGUUCUGUCUGCGGGCCCUGGUCUCCUCACACCCUCUCCUACGCUGCCAUUGGCUGGGCCCGGACAGCAGACAGACCCAGUGCCCUGAGCCCACACGGCUCUGGAAGAACAGGACUCUGGAGUUGUGUAACAUAGAGCCAGGAGAGUACCAGUUACACCUGGAGGCUGGGGAGCUGAACCUCACAAAGACCCUCUCUCUGUGUGUGGCAGGUACGUCCACCCCCAGUCUCUUACAGAAUGGAGACAAUAUCACCUGUGAGACCAACACCCCCCUCCCCUUCAACCUCACCUGGAGCUCCUGCUCUUUGACCAAUGACAGCUGUCAGUCAGAGUCUGCAGCCUGGAAGAAGAUCCCUGCCCCACCCCCGAAGCUCUCUGACUCAGACCAGUUCUGCCAUAAGAGGGUUCUCAGCUCCCGGGACAGUACCGAGGUGGGGGAUUUUGUCAAGUGCUGCAUCACAAACUCUGUCCACUCACAGUCACACUGCAGUGAGACACUGUUCAACAUACAAUUUAUAUCUGUUCCAUCAGCCUCCUCUCAACUCCUCCUGAAAGUGUCCAGUCUGGUCCUGUUCCUGGCUUUGAUGCUGGUCAGCCUGGCGCUGCUCUACUUCAUCAGGAAGAAGAAACCCCAGUACCAGAGUCAGCUGCAGAUGAUCCAGAUGACGGGGCCUAAUGACAACGACUACAUCUACAUCAACUUCAAAGACUUCCAGUAUGACCAGAAAUGGGAGUUCCCCAGAGAGAACCUGGAGCUGGGGAAGGAGCUGGGCUCUGGGGCCUUUGGCAUGGUGCUUCAGGCUACAGCCUACGGCAUCAGCAAGCCGGGGGUCUCCCUGCAGGUGGCUGUCAAGAUGCUGAAAGAGAAGCAUGAGACAGUAGAGAAGGAGGCUCUGAUGUCAGAGCUGAAGAUGUUGACUCACAUCGGACAGCAUGCCAACAUCGUCAACCUGCUGGGGGCGUGCACUGGCUCAGGGCCCACGUACCUGAUAUUUCAGUACUGCCGUAACGGGGACCUGCUGAACUACCUGAAGAACAACAGAGAGCUCUACCACAAGUCUCUGACCGAGGCCUUCACCAGGGACCGCUUCAGCGGCCUUUACCACAACCUGCCCAAGAGGAGCUCCAGUGAGUUCCAGAGGCCAGUGGACAGCAUGUACAUCCCCAUGUCCCCCACCACCACUAGAGGGCAAGAGAGCAUCGCCCUGAUCAGCCUCAACUCUUCUCCCAUGAACACCUCUGAUGGUCAGUGUGGGGAGGAGGAGGAGACGCUGACCUACGACGACCUGCUCAGCUUCUCCUAUCAGGUGGCCAAGGGCAUGGACUUCCUGUCCUCCAAACACUGUAUCCAUCGGGACCUUGCGGCCAGGAACGUGUUGGUGACUCAGGGUGGACUUGUAAAGAUCGGGGACUUUGGACUGGCCCGGGACAUCGACAACGACUCCAACUACGUAGUGAGAGGAAAUGUGCGUCUGCCAGUGAAGUGGAUGGCUCCAGAGAGUAUCUUCCGGGGGAUGUACACCAUGCAGAGCGAUGUCUGGGCCUAUGGUAUCCUGCUGUGGGAGGUCUUCUCUCUGGGUGUGACCCCUUACCCAGGGAUAAAGGUGGACAACAACUUCUAUGUGAUGAUAGAGAGAGGUUUUAAGAUGGAGCAGCCAUACUACGCCAGUGAAUCUGUGUAUUCGAUCAUGUGUAAGUGCUGGGCCUUGGAGCCUCGGGACCGCCCUCACUUCUCCAAGCUGGUGGCCUUCAUGGACGACCAACUGGCCGACAUGGAGGAGAAGCUCUACCAUAACAUCCUGGACAAGAGCUGCAAUCAUGCAUUAUACCAGAAUGCACCUGUGAAAUCUGAUCUCUCAGCCUUGGCCAAAGAAAAGGAUCUUCAAGCACAGUCACAGAACCAAUACUGCAAGACCCACUCCACUGGAGAGGCCCCAACAACAACCACAACACUGUCUGACAUGGUUGCCAUGGAGACUGAUGAUGAUGACAAACCACUGAAACCAUGUCAGUGAGAGCAGUGGCCUAUCUUUCUAAUUAUUCUAUGCCAUAAGGAUUUCUCAUAUUAUAUCCUAGUAGUGUAUAUUUGUAUAAUGCUGUGGAUUUCAAAUGCACUGAUGACUUGCUUUAUCCAAAUAUGUUUAACAAUGAAUAUGUCAAUUAAAACUGUUUUUGUAUCAAAGGCUAGCUCUGUCACUGUAGGAAUUGAUAAAGUAAUAUUUAACAUUGUAACAUAGUAAUGGAUGUCAAAUUUAACACAACCUGUUUUUGUGAACAUAUUAUAGACUGUGUGCAACUAAUUCAAUAUUAAUCAUGUUAUUACUGCUUUUGGAGAAGAGAUGUUUCAAUAAUUUUGACAGCUGGAUUAUUCUGUCUUUUCUUUUCUGUGUGAAGUUAUUUUUUAUUAAUAACAAUGAUUUAGUUUUCGGUAUGUU